CAAAAGAAGCCAUUUUGAUUUUCCAAACCAGAAAAAAGACAACAGAAAUCCCUUAAUUUCCCUUAUCUUUUGUGUUAAGUGAGCUAAUUUCGGCUCUCCUAGCAUGCCUUUGACACUUUUCUGCAAGUAUUCUUAGCUAUGUCAGACAAGCGAAAGCUGCAAGGAGAAAUAGACAGAUGCCUCAAAAAAGUUCAAGAAGGUGUUGAAACCUUUGAAGACAUUUGGCAAAAGGUCUAUAACUCAGCUAAUGCAAACCAGAAAGAGAAAUAUGAGGCGGACCUUAAGAAAGAGAUUAAGAAGCUGCAACGCCAGCGUGAUCAGAUUAAAACCUGGCUGGCCAGCAGUGAUAUCAAAGACAAACGCACUCUCAUCGACAACAGAAAGCUUAUUGAAACGCAAAUGGAGCGGUUCAAAGUUGUUGAAAGAGAGACAAAAACCAAGGCAUAUUCAAAAGAAGGCCUUGGUGCGGCGUCCAAACUAGACCCACAAGCCAAGGAGAAACAAGAAAUCACAAACUGGGUGUCGACUCAGAUUGAGAAUCUGAAGAUCCAAAGUGAUCGGUGUGAGAGCGAGCUUGAACAACUCACCAUUGGAAACAAGAAAAAGAAAAUGGAUAAAGAGAAGUCAGAAAAAUUUGAUUCCCUAAAGACAAGUCAAGAUAAGCACAACUUCCACAUUAACAAGCUGGAGACAGUCAUGAGAAUGGUCGACAACGAUGCCAUACCCCUUGAACAGAUCAAAAGCAUAAAGGACGAUAUUGAGUACUAUGUGGAAUCCAAUGGGGAUCCCGAUUUCGAGGACAAUGAGUUUGUCUAUGAUGAGUUGGAGUUGGACGACAUUGAUCAAGUGCUACUUCCACCGACGUCACCACCGCAUGAUGAAGAUCGGUUUUCAGACAAGUUGUCAACGACGCCCACGUCAACAAACUCGAGUUCUCCGUCACCUAGUCCUGGCAUUGGCCUCAAUCAUUCCAAGGAUGAUGAAAGAAAAAAGUAUAAAAGUAUUGAAGACGCUAAAAACAAGAACAACAAUGCGACAUCAUCCCCCAGCAGUAGUUCCAUCUCCACCAAGAUGCCCAGUACGCCUACCAAACUUUCAAACAGUCAGUCAAAUGAUACAAAUAGUAAUCACUUGCCAAACGCAUCAUCGUCAUCAUCGCAUGGCUGGUUGGAUGGGCAGAACGGAAGUAAUUCAGGUUCCCCUAUACCUUCACGAAUACAAAAUACCGUAAUACCGCCCUCCGUAUGGCAGAGGCCCCCCUCUACUACUGGCACGCCCGUUUUGAGGCAACUUAGCUUUACCGAUCUCGCCUCUCAGCCCAGUGAUUCAAAGAGCCAAUCAAACGUUAUUACAAAUCAUGUGUCAGGAUUCACAAGUGUCGGUGGAAUUUCGGGGAGUGUGUUAGUGAACAGUGUAAUGUCUUCGUCAUUGAACUCUUCAAUAAACUCUGUCUCAAACAACAGCAGCAGUGUAGUAAAUCCCUCCAAUCAAACAUCAGAAGCGCCGUUACUCAACAAUGGGCUCGGCAAAGAUUCACCAUCAUUGUCGCCCAUCAGCGUGAUGCCCCUCCGUGUGACAGCGUCGACGCCCAACGCGCUAAACAGCAACAACAAUAGUUUAAAAACGUCAUUACAAUCAUCCCUACCAUCGUCACAAGCUGUUUCUCAGGCAGUGAUAACUAUGAACAGUUUGAGCGCCAGUAAAUCAGACCUUAUGCCCGUAGUUAUGAACGGACCUUUAAGUGCUGGCAGUGUGUUACAAAAUGAUAAGGAUGCAUUAUCAGAAUCAAUGUCCUCAUUGAAGUCCAUAGCACGGCAGGCUGUGAUGAACGCUGGUCUCGCGGGUCCGGAAAACCAGAGCCAAUCAGCCUCAGAGCCGUCGGACAAUAAAGUGCCAUUUCCAAGUGCGGUGAGCCAGUUGACGGGAGACCAGUUAAGUCCAGGCUCACAAGACGGCAGCUUAUCAGGGCAACCAGUUCCGCCAACGAAGUCUAUACAGCUCAGUCGGCUCCAGGGGGUGGCGCCCCUCGGCCCCGUACCCCUCGGGAAGGACAAUAUUUUCCAGCUGGUGAUGAGCGACUCGGGUUUCGUGCACUUGCCCCACCCAUCAGACUCUGAAAGAUUACGGCAUCAUUUGCCGCGGAAUCCUUGCCCUACCCCCUCAUACUACCCACAGACCCCACCCCCUCACGCUGACUCCGUCGAAUUCUUUCAACGAUUGUCAACGGAAACACUCUUCUUCAUCUUCUAUUACAUGGAGGGAACCAAGGCUCAAUAUUUGGCAGCAAAAGCAUUGAAAAAGCAGUCCUGGAGAUUUCACACAAAAUACAUGAUGUGGUUUCAACGACAUGAAGAACCAAAGACAAUAAAUGAAGAUUAUGAACAGGGCACAUAUAUUUAUUUUGACUAUGAAAAAUGGGGCCAAAGAAAAAAAGAGGGGUUCACGUUUGAGUAUCGGUAUCUGGAAGACAGAGACUUAAAUUGAGAUCGGAGGAAAUCGCGAGACGAACGUGUGCUCACCUUCAAAUUCUUAUACCAGUGUUAUCACUGCUGUCGUUGAGAUGUGUCGUUAUUUGUCGGCAGGGAAGAUUGAAGAGUAUCCAUGGUGAUCUAAUGGCGUAUUUUUUGUGCUUACAUUGUGCAUCGGACAGACUUCUGUUGUUCGUUGUUUUCUCAGAUACUGGAUCUUGUGCUACAAAGUCUGAGGAGUUGGAUGCUGGAUUAUAUUGACUUCGCCUGUGAUUUUUAAGUCUUGAAACCUUGAAUUCUGAUCAUGUUGUAAAGAUGGAUAGAAUUGAAGUGAAUCAAACAGAUCUUUCAGAGUUUAUGAUGUUUUUAUGUAUACAUUGAAACUGUAUAUUUUAUCUGCAAAGAGCAAAACACUUUAAGAAAUUUCAGCAUCCUUACUUUUUGAUACAUGUUAGCAGCACUGGAGGAUGGCGACAACAGACAUUUAGUGUUAAAACUUUAUGCUCCAUAUGUGAACGAAACUUGCUUCUGUGCUAUUUGUCAUGAUUAGAAUCUCAAAAGUGCCUUUCUGUUAAGGCUAGGUACUGCAAGCAUUGUGCUAGUUCCAUUUUGUGCGACACUUCAAGUGAUGACAAAUCAAAAGAAUACUCUGCUAUCUCGAUUCACAUUGAACAUACCUCACAGAAUGACGGCCUUAUACAGUGACCAUGGGCAGAGGUUGUAGAUGCCAAAAUUUUAUCAUUAAUUAGUGUUGUUCCAACAUGUUUUUCUGCUUCAUAAUUGAACAUUUAAAUAUAUCAUUUGUGUUUAUUGCCCAGUGUGCUGAGAUCACUUCAUAUUUGAUGCCAGGUGUGAUAUUUUGUAAUGGACUUUGGCCUUGAAAACAGUUGACAUUGUGUGAAAUAAUCUGACCUUCGUGUCAUGAAAUUAGUGUGAACAUUUGUGUAUGGAAGUGUGUGUUUUCGUGGUUGGGAACAGGUUGUGUCACACAGUGUGAAGUCUUAUCAGGCUUGAUCUCAUUUUAGGAGGUAAGGGGAAGGAGAGAAAAAGAGGAGAAAACCUGCUACAGUAUUUCUAUACGGUGUUGAUGUGUGGGAAUGUACGCAGAAUGCACCUGUUCACUAUUCUAUAUGUUUAUGGAGAAUCACACACUUAGUUUAGAAUUCUGCUUAAAGGUUUAGCAAAAUUUGCCCCUAUUUUUGCAUUUCUGAAAUAUGCCGAGAUUUUAUUAAACUAUUUUGAUUAUGAGAAUAAAAGCAAUAGAAAAAAUAUGAUAAAAGUAUCAUGUUUAAUCGCAUCACAAGUAAAUGAAAGGAAUUAUUGCUGCCCAUUUUUCUUUUAACAUUUCAUUAACAUAUCAAGCUGGCAAAGAUAUGAGGGAAAUUAAUAUGACAGGAAUUGGUAAGAUUCAGGGUGUUGAUUUAUUUGCUCAAGUGACAUUUACUGCUACAUUGGCAUAACAAAAAACAUUUCAGUGUAGACGUUUAGCUGUAAAGCCUGUUUGGGGUGAGAUUGAACCACUUUAAACAUCGUGGAGAAUUCGAAUAUAUGGGUUUACUGGAAGUUUGAUCACCUAGUGUGAUUAUUUUACAGCAAUUCUAACUAAAAAAUGACUCUGAACUAUUGACACAUUUUUGCUGCCAAUAAAGUUGUUUCUUUUUUAUGUUUAAAUCAGUUGAAAAUAGUAAGAACUAUUCAAUUACUUUGACUUUGAUUAUCAUUUAAACAUUUAGAAUUGUGAAUAUGCACUGAAAAAUUCAUGGGUUAUCACAGUUUGACCUUUAAUGGUUGACUUUUUGUACUUGGCAACUGCUGAGCUUCUAAAUAUCCUACCGGUAAUACCAACAAAGGGAAAGCUUCUUGAAGGCUCAUUUUCAGCACCUGAAAUUCACCAGAAAUAAGAAAUAAACUUAGGUGCUUGAAAUUUAUGUAAUAAUAAUAAUAAAUCAAGUUUUAUAUAAAGCAAAAAUAUUCAUUGUGUUCUAUUUCACCAAACAAUUCAUAAGUACUUGAUUAAAAGAUACAUUGAAAUUGGCAAUUUUUUACAUUUGUUGACAUUUCUUGAAAUCCAAUAGUAAAAUUGAAUGUGGCCACAAAUGUAGGCAAGAUAUGAACACUGGUGAAGGAUGGUGUUACUUUAAUAAAUAAACAGCAAAACAGUUAAAAAGAUUACCAAACAUGUGAAAGCUCGACUUUUUUGCAACCUGUAUAUAAUUUUUAAUUAUUUGGUGAAAAAGAAAUGAAAAAGUAUUUAUCUUUGCAUUGUUAAAGGUUUAUAGUUUAUUUCUAACAUAUGUUUCCAACACCACAAUGGCUAUUUUUUAUAUCUUUUGGUUAGUAUUUUCCGGGGCAAAAAUGAGGCCUCAUGAACCUAUCCCUUAUGGUUUAGUCAUGUUUUCUCUUUUUAGAAAGAUCUCUUAUUUCAAAAAAUCUGAAACCAAGAAAUGGGCUGUUUUCAAUCAUCAAACAAAUUAUAUAUGCAUUUUCCAAAGUGCAAUAGAUUCCAUAAUAUAGCUAUAUAUAUCCAUAUAUAAUAUUCAUUAUUUCCAUUUCGAAAACAGUCCAUGAUUUGUUUCUGGUUUUUGUGUCCAUUUUUUAGUUGCUUAUUUUUUGAGAAAUAAAAAGUUUGACAUGAAAAAAGUGUACUAUACUGUUUGUUGGAUCUUUGAAACUUACUGUUUUAGAAUGAUUGCUAAUUUGUUUUUUUUGUUUUUUAGUUUUAAUGUGUAGAUAUAUUUUACUUGGGUUCAGAAUUUUGUCAGAAAGUAAUAUAAAAUAUUAGAUUUUUCUUUGUGUUUCAGAAUUAAUUUUUAUUAGUUGCAUUCGCAAACAACAAUAUUAAAUUAACAGUUAUAGAGAUACCAGAAGCUGGUAUUCAUGAAACAUCUCUCUUAGCUUAAGUCAAUUUUGUUUAAAUGUUCAUGAUCAAAAAUUCAAUUUCCUAAAAUGUUUAUGGUAAAAAAAUCAAUUUCCUAAAAUGUUUGUUAAAAAACAAACUGUUUUUGAUAUGACAGAAUUUUUUAACAUGAUUCAUUAAAAUUUAAUAAAAAUAAAGUUUUUCGGAUAUGAAAGUAAUUUAUGAAAUGACCAGUGAGCUGCUCAACUUCAGAAAAUGACUUGAGUUAGGGUAACGACUUUUUAUGAAUGCCAGCUCUGAUGAAAAGCAUUACAAAAAGGGUGUGAUGAAAGGCAAAUUCACAUAUAAACCAGCAGAUUUUUAUUGAGAAAAAAAAACAACUAAGAAAUUCAUAUUUCCAGCAAAUGGUUAAGCUGAACAUUUCAAUUUUGAAUGAUGAUGUUUCAAUGUUAAUGUACAUCGGUUUGGUAUUCAGACAUGUUUUUAUCACACAUUGUACAUGUAUCACAAUACAACAGCUGUGUUUCUUGAUAUUUUAACCAUUGCAAUGGUGACAAAAUGCUGCCAAUCUCUUGUGCUUUGACAAAUUUGAAAACAAGAACAACAAAAUGAUAUUAGAAUAUUCCCUUAAACUGUGGUGGCUAGAAAGGUGAUCUUUAUUCAUGUGGUCUAAUUUUUAAUCAGGGGUUCUACAGUUGAGGAUUCAUCUUGAACUCUGGAUUGAGCGCUUAUAGCUGCACUCUAUAGUUUGAACGUUUUGACAAAUUUAUUAUUUUUUGUCUUGAAACGAGCCAUUUUUUACGACAAUCCAUAAAAAUCAGUUAUUAAAGACUACUGAAAAAAAAAAAUCACAGAUUUUUAUAUUUAAGUUCAAAAAUUGAUGUUUUAUGCAUUUUUUCUUAAAACGUUAGUAACAGUUUAGGUCAUAAAACAUUACUUUUCAAACAGAAAUAAGAAAAUCUGCUCUCCGGAUUUUGUCACCAGUCUUAUUUCACUACUUAUAUCAUUGGUUUGCAGAUAUUCACGCAAAAAUUUGCUCUUUCCAAGACAAAAAAUAAAAAAGUUGUAAAAAUGGUAUAUCUAGGAGAGUGCAACUUUAAAGCUUCAGACUCCUGUACAGUUAAAGAUUGUAUAUUGGCUCCUCAUUUGCAUCAAAAUCAGCAGAAAGUACUUUUAAAUGAAUAUAAACAACUUUGGAAACUACGGUAUUUCAAAAGGGGUCUAAGCCUGCUUUGGGCAUUUAAACAAGCCCCUCUUCCCCCCUCCCCCUAAGCUAUUUUCCAGGAUAGAUAAUAAUCAGCUGUUAGAACCCCUGUAGCUAGCAGUGAUUUUUUGGGGAAUUAUUUUUACUGCUUGUGCCUUGCAAAGUGCGAAAAAAUGCCGUCUUUGGGAAAAAUACAAAAUCGGGCCAAAAUAGCUAAUAUAGGCAAAUACACAUGUUUUAACUUUUAUAUGAAUAAAUGAUACAAUUUGGGGGAAAAUGGACAAUUUUUUGCAAGGGGAAACAGCCCUAGAAGGCAGUAAAUUGCACCAAAAAAAUCACUGGCUAGAAAUGUGAUCCUUACUGGUGGGGUCAACACUGUAUCAAAAUGGCCCCUUCGUUGUGAUUUACACAAUGUGCAAUAAAUGCAACAUGUUUUUGAUGUAUUUGUAAGUUUAGUGUAUGCUUGUUUGGCGCCUGGAAGGUUUUUACUUUGUUUCAAGUACAGAAGUUUAUAAAGUAAACCUUACUUAUACUGCUUAUUUAGAUUGACACAAUUCUAUGAUUUUGAUCAAAGCAACAAGUUGCCUUUGAAAAUCAGAAGUAUUUCUUGCAACAGAUAUGUUAUUAUUUUAUAAUGAUUUAUUUCAAUUUAGCUCUGUUACUACAUAAUAUAUGGUAGGUAUUUUGUAAAAAUCAACCCAAUACAACAGAAACCUGUCCAUGACGAAGAUGCUUUGUUUCGUAAAAUUGUUAAUCAUGAAAAUUUGUUCUCAAAAAAGGGUUUCAAAGUUUGGGUUGAUUAAAUGUACCUGCCUUCAUUGUUGGAUUCCUGCAGUACUCGUUAACAUUGUGCCGUCAUCAUGUACCAUUGGUCAAUUAUCUUGCAAAAUCUUAGAUUUUGGGAAAAAAAAUCAAGCUAAGAUAAUAUUUUCCCCGAUAAUCAGUAGCCGUCUGACUUGAGAUGGGAAAGAAUAUUGCAUCAUAGGUUCAACUCUCAACAAAACGACAAAUGUUGUCAAUUUUAAUCAGUUUAGUUUGAAUUUCACCAAAAAAAUACAACUUUUGUCUGUUUCAUACAUUUCAAAAUGUCAUUACAACUAAACUUUGACUAGUCAAUUAUCCUUUGGUACUUGACGAGGAUUUAACUUGUGUACUGUGGGUUGCAAGAAUGAUCUGCCCUUAAAUUUAAAGCUGUUAUAUGUUGUUGGUCUUUUAUGGAGCAUUUAGUCUGAACACCAUGCAUAACGUUUGUACAUGUAUGCUUUAGAUCACCCAUUAUCAGGCGAAGUAAUUGUAUUCUCUCGACUUUGUGAUAAUGCUACAGACAAAAACAUUUUAAAGGGCAAGAACUCUGUCAAGAAUCAAGACCAGCAACUCUUUCAGCAUAUCCUGCUUUUUGGGAGUUGACAGAGUUGCAGUUCCUUGUUUCUUUUCGACAGAUGCUCAGCGUCCCAAUAAAAUGCAUUAUGUUUAAUACAGCACUACAUCUGUGGUAAUAGUUGACAGUGUAUUUUCUAGAUGACUGUUUUGUGGAGACAGUUACGAGUGUCCUACUAUUUUUGUACAGCAUGACAUGUGAUACCCGGGUGUUCGCUAGCCUCUGGUAGGUGACUGCAGAGGCAGAUAGUUCUGCCACUUUGCUGAUUACCGUUGUACAUAUUCACUGGGGGCCAAAGCACGAGGGUGUGAUCAGAAUAUGCUGCAACAAGACAAAAAUAAUAAAAAUGAUUUUGUCAAA